AAACAUCUCAUAGGGCACCACUCGGUCGAUUGUACUUACCUAGAGCUGGCGGUUCAAAAAGCCACAAGCUCAGAAAACUGUGAGGGCAAACUUUUUGGGAGAAAGAAUUGUGAAUUCUUGGAACAAUUUGCCGGAGAGUGUUGUGGCGGCACCGAGUGUGAGCUCUUUCAAGGCUUGACUUGACCAACACUGGAGCAAGUUCAGGGACAAUGGGUGUGGUGAGGGUGAGUGUUGUGGUGGUGUCUCUGGCACUUGUAGUCGGUGGUCAGCAUAUCAAUGAAGAUGAACUGCAGGCUCUUGGGACAUCCACUAUAAAGCAGAUAGCCUCAGAAGAUGCUGAACUUAUUGGAUUUGAAAAAAAAUCGAAACAAAAUUCAAAUACAACUGGCACAGAGUUACAGGAAUUUGAGGAUCAUGCUGAAGUGAGACAACAGCUGGCUGACCUGCCAUUUAAUGAACAGAACACUAUGAAUUUCUCCAAGCAAAAGGAAGCAGAUGGAUCAGACCCAGGAGUUACAACAACAGUAUUACCAGAACCUCUGCCCACACCUAUACCUAUUAAAGUUGAAGAGAGUGUUGUUGAUGAAGAUAAGCCUAUUAAAUCAAGGAAAGGGGCACCAGGGCUACCGGUAACUGAGAAAAAGGUAAGUACUAAUAAACAUUCAACUGUAGGAAAAAAAGGAGUCAUAGAAGACGGUAAAACACAGAAUUCUUCCUCUGCCUUACAAGAGGAAGGUGCCAAAUCUCCAGUAUCAUUGAUUAAUAAUUUCAGUAAGGGUAGAAUAAAGACUAUUGAUCAGAAUACAAUGCCUGCCCUUAAUAACUUUGAAAAAACUAAUGGAGAACUCAAAAGCAAUUUGAUUGAUAAAAAACAAGGUGUUUUAUCUGUUAGUGAGGAAAGUGAUAAUGCGACCCUUAAGUCCCACAAUGCCACUGAAGUUCCUAAUAACUCUUCCCAACCAAUUGUGUCAAAUGCAACUGCCAAUUCAAAAUCUGCAAACAAAAUUAAUUCCAAGCCAAUAGCUGCUACUGAUGAUACAGCGGGCACAACUUCUGGAAAUGAAGAUGUGAAUUAUGGAGCAGUUUCAUUAGGGCUUUUACUCUUGGUGGCUCUCGCAGUAGUGGUGGUUGUUGGGUAUCGAAAGUUCAAAGAUAUUUGGAUGAGAAGGCACUAUGCACAUGUGAAUUAUCUUGUUGAUGGAAUGUAUGAGAAUGACAUGUGAAAAUUUUUUUGGUGUGUGAAAUUAUACCCCAAGUUUUAUAUUUUAUGAAUGAACUGGUUGUUUGUAUACAGUACAUGGGUUUUAUAUGUGAUUUGUACCAGUGUUUGGUGACCAUGUUGAACAUUAAAUUUUCUACACAUAAGGUGUAAAGUGUGAUCUUUGAAUUUAUAUUUCUUAAUUGUUAAAAAAACUUAACUGGUCUGUAAUUGUUGUUUUCCAUAACUGAUGUAUCUUCAUUUUCUCCUGUAAUUGAAGUUUCCAUGAAUGAGGACAACUUUCUUUGAGAAGGUGAAGUUUAUGCAUUUGAUGAUGGGUAUUAAUAAUUAAGGAGUUUAUCACACCAAUGAUAUGAAUAAGUUCACCUUUUUAUAUGGACCAAUUUUAUAAAAUGAUCUCUAGCAUUUAAAGUAAAUAUAAACACUAUUAUUGUAAUAAUACUGUGUAGCCACUUUCAGUUGUAGGCAACAGUUCAGUAGAUUAAUUUUUACAAAUUAUUAAAGAUUUAUAGAUGAAGAAAAAAAAUCUGUCUUUUUAUUAAAAUGUUCUGUUUUGCCUAAAAUUGUAGCAGUGAAGCAGGUUCAAGUUUACUUUUAUAUUUGGUGAUUUUUAAGCUUCACACAAAAAUAGUACAUACUUAACUUGAUGUUUACUGUGCUGUUUAGGUAUUUUUUUUUAUAAUUUAUAGUGCAAUAGUAUUAUGUUGACAUUAGGUUUAGUCUGUUGAAUUGAUUGUUUCAGUUUAAGUAAUUUUUAGAACUACUUAAUGUGCAGUACUCGCCAUUUAUUAUUAAACUAUGGUGUGAUGCACAUUGGAGUUAUUGUGAGCUAUUGUGUUUAUGCCUGUUAGUAUCAGUUGUCUCAUCUGUAUGUUUAUAAUGCAUGUAAAUUGAAGUUGUUUCCUUUUGUGUUUGAUACAAAUAGAGCAUCUUUGUUUUUUCAUUUGUUGUGAUACAUAUAUACGGUGCUUUUCCUUUUAUCUGAAUUCCAACUUUGCAAAUCUUCCAGGUACACUUUACCCGAACUUUGUCUCCUUUAGUCCCAUUCGAUUAAAAUUCUAAUUUAAUCCAACAACCCAAAUACAGUACAACCGAAGUCAUUCGUUCAUGUGUCUAUCACCAGUGGUACUGUACCACUUUGUUUACAAGUGUGCUGGGAUUUUUGGUUGAUAAAAGGAGUUGGGCUCUAAUUUCUUGUUAUGGUAAACAAUAAAAUUGAUACAUAGCAUAUCAUAAAAUACAAUAGGACAUAUUGUAUGUAAAAAAAAAAAUGCUUCCAGGCUCAAACCAUUCUCUGGGCAAUACGACACAGUUCACCCAGGCAGUCAACCAGCUGACUUCUAGAUGUGUGUGUGUGUGUGUAUGCUGGAACGUCACGUGCGGGUGGGGCUGGUAAAUUGGUGAUGCACUUGCAGCCUAGUGCCUCCACACACAUAUAUACUGUACACUCAUGCUCUUAAUUUUUCUUAUUUUAUAAUUUUAUGUGAUAUUUUCUUUAUUUUUAAGCCACAUUAAGUAUUGUAUUUUAAUGAUUUUCCACGACAUUUAUACAGUAGUUUCAUCACAGGUAACAUGUACAUCCUCUUUAUUUUUCUUAUUUCAUAGGUUUAUAUUAUAUUUUCUUUAUGACUAAACCACAUUACAGUAAUGACUAUUCCAUAAAUUUUAUAGUUUAAUUACAUGUAACAAUGGCAACAGGCCAUAUCAUAGGCCACCUCAUCCUCAGUUUAUUCCCCUUCCCAGUCGGUCAAGCUAUUGCUGAAUAGAAGUUUGACCUAACAUUAAUUAUUGCAUGUCCAAGCCAUCAUUGAUCCUGAUGAGUUUGGAUAAAAGGAAUUGCACUGUAUAUGGGAUGUGCAUGUCAAAAGUAAGUGUAACCAUGCACUGUUGUUGUGAUGUUGAUAAAAGUGCUCUUAUAUAUUUUUAUGGAGUAUGUAUGAGCAGCUUUGAUGCUUCUAUAAUAUGACAAUAAGAUACAAUGUCAUUGCUUUAUGGUGCUAAUCAGUGUAUCAGUAAUUCAUUCCAUGAUAUUAGGGUGUUUUUCUUUACAUAGGUGUAAAGCUAGUAUUUUGUGUACAGUAGUUGAAAUACCAUUGUGUAUUCCAGGUAUAAAUGUAUUUUGUACAUCUUUUUUAUAAAUAUUUUUAUAUUCCAAGUACUGCACAGUACUGUACUUGCAAUUAGAGUUAAUCCUCAUGGGCAGCUAACAUUACAAUUCCUAACCAUAGUAGUUGAGUGGUAUGAAUAACUGUAAGCAUCAUUUUCCAAGUAAUGUGAGGAGAUAAAUACCAUAAACUUCAUACAGUAUAAGUUUAGGGCCUCAUUUCCCCUUUAAAACCUACAUGUGCCUUAUCUCUGGUUAAGCACUGUACAGUUUAUUAUGUAUGAUCUGAAUUUUGUACUGUGAUUGGUUUGUGUCCAAAUAUAUAUAUCAAUCAGCAUAUCUACUCUUUAUGUUUCAAUUUUGCAAACAAUUAUUUAUAAAUAACAUGUCUUGCAAAUAAUUAUAAGUAAUUGUUUACAAGUGAAAGGCCAUUACUGUAUAGAUACCAGCUAAGGUAGAUACCCUUGCACUAAUGAUAUGAUGAAAUGGAGUUAAGAUAAAUUAGCCAGUCAUGCAACUCUCAGGUGUACCAACAGCUGAUCAGUUUUGACUGCAGAUGUUGGCAAUUUGGAGUUUCUCUCUUCAUAGUCAAGCUUAUUAUUUUGCUGUAUCUCUGUGUAUUUCAUUUGCAAUGAAACUAUAUAUAGUGUACAGUUUUUUUACACAGUCUCUUGAGUAGUAAGCUCAUCAACUUGCUGGUCUCUUUACCUGUGUUUGAUUAUAGGGUACAAUGUUAUAGUGGGAUAGAGGAAACUUGACCCAUGUAACCCCAUAUCAGACCAACAGGAUUCUUGCCUACCAGAGGGGUUUUUCUUGUGAGGGGGAGGAGUUACAUAUUACUAUAGUCUUAGCAGUGGGUUGUAAGCCUUCAUCAUUUGAUGCAGGUGUUUCAAAUAACCCCAACAUAAAGAGGAAGUAUACAGUAUUCUAUUAACUGUUGCAGAAAAGUUUCCUGUAACCCAACAACUGCAACAUACAUCAUAUAAUGAAAUUAUUAUUAUUUCAAAUUUGGCACCUAAUUAUAGCUUCCAUACAUGA